AUGACGGUUCUUAUUUGGAAACAAGCAGUUCUCAGACUGAACAGUUCUGGUACAAUAUGUGGCCGUUAUUAUUUUAAUGGCCGUAAUAUUUUCAUUGAUGCUGCUUGCAGUACUUCGAUGGCUACCUUGAAAGCAUCGCCUUGUUUCAGAAACUUUCAUAUUGGGCGAGCAUGUUUUAUCCAUUACGACCAUAACUGGACUAGUAAGAAGAAUUAUUCAUCGGGGACAAGUUCUGGUGAUAAUUCUGAAAACAAUAUAUCUUCUCAGAAGCACACUAGUGUAACUGAUGGUCAGGGAAUUAACACUAAUAGUAAUACUAAUAAUGUUGAUAAUUGUUCGUCUGCUACAACUACAACCGAUUCUUCAUCAAUUGAAAAGUUGCCAAGAAGAGUUUUGAAACGAUUACAAAAACAAGGUAUAUCAGAAACAGAAUUCUUGUCCAGACUUAAUGCAUCCAACCAGGCAACGUAUGAUACUGUUUCAGCAGCGUCUUUUACUGGAGGGAAGGAGCAACUUGAAGAUAUGCUGAAAAAUCUGUCAACAGAACCCCAUCAAUUAUCAGAGACUGAUAGUUUCCCUUCAGAUGUCAAACGGUAUAAACAGUGGCAGAGUCGACAGGCUGCUGUUGCUGAAGAACAGAAAAUUGCUCCGUCAACAACGUCUGUGAUACUUUUUCCAGGGCAGGGAUCUCAGUUUGUAGGGAUGGGGAAAAAACUGUUGGAUUACCCAGGAGUUCGUGAUAUGUAUGAAGAGGCUAGUUCCAUUCUUGGAUAUAAUCUACUGAACCUGUGUUUGCGAGGACCCAAGUCAGAGCUAGAUAAAACUGUUCACUGUCAGCCAGCAGUCGUGAUAACCUCUUUGGCAGCUAUUGAAAAGUGCAGAGAGGAACAUCCAAAUGCAGUGGAGAAAUGUGUGACUGCCGCAGGGUUUAGUGCUGGUGAAUAUGCAGCUCUAGUGUUUUCGGGAGUUAUGUCUUUUCCUGAUGCUGUUAAACUGCUAAAAGUUAGGGCAGAAGCUAUGCAGAAAGCCUCAGAACAGGUUGGAAGUGGAAUGAUGUCAGUUUUUCUAGCUCACGAUAGUGAUCUGACAGGAGCCAUUAAAAUGGCGAAAGAAUACUGCAUCCAAAGACGAAAUAUUGACAUUCCAGUGUGUACUGUGGCAAAUUAUUUAUUUCCUGAAUGCAAAAUAUUGGCUGGACAUGAAGAGGCUUUGGAGUUUAUUGCAACAAAUGCUAAAGAAUUCAAUAUUUUGCGAACAAAGCGUCUCCUGGUCAGCGGGGCAUUUCAUACAAGUCUGAUGGAGUCUGCUGUGAAACCGCUGCAGAGAGCCCUAGACAAUAUGAAACUUGGAAGCCCAAAGAUUCCAGUCUACAGCAACGUGACCAGUCAGCCGUACCAUGUCAAAAGCAACUACAGCCACAUGCUGUCGCAGCAGCUGGUGAAACCGGUCAAAUGGGAGCAGAUCAUGCACGUCAUCUACACCCGCAAGCAAGGAGAGGAGUUCCCCAACACCUACGAGGUGGGGCCCGGCAAGCAGAUGGGGACGCUGCUGAAGCAGAUCAACCUUCAGGCCUACAAACAGUUUUAUAAUGUUGAUGUAUGA